UUUUUAAUCCAGUACUUAAAAAAUCAACUUUGAAAUUCAAUGAGUAAUUAGAUUUCACUUGCACGCUAACUAUUUUAAUUGUGAAAGCCACCAGAGCUUAAUUACAUUUCUCGAAAGUUUCCAAAGUAGGGCAAUUGAUAGAUUUUUAGGCGGUUCAGUUUAAACUUGGUACAUCUUGGUGUGAUGAUCAACGAAAGUUUGGAAUGUAAAAUGGCAUCCAGGAUCUUGGCCGUCCUUUUCCUCACUUGUAUACAAAAAAGCAUGGUACAGGGCGGAAGCAAAGGUACUCGCGCCAACUAACAAGUGAAUACAAAGCGCACGCGAUGUCAAUUCGUCUAAAUUUAUAUUCAUUUGGGCCUAAAUUCCUAAUUUUACUUUUCUUGAACAUCACUGUAGAACCUGGCGUAACUGUUACAUGCCGUGCCCAUGAGAUGGAAGUCACAUUUGAGAAGAGAAUAUUCACCACACUUGAGGCGAGGAAUAUGUCCUUGGAUGCCCCUGCGUGUUCAGCCUUUGACAGCCCACAGUUUAUUUCCAUAGGCACAGCCCUAAAUGAAUGCGGCACAAAAUUCUACGAAACUGGAGACACCAUCGUGUUCUCCAAUGUUGUUCACAAAGAUGCCGAGCUAGUGAACGGCCAGAUUACACGGGAACAUGAUUUUGAAUUCUCGUUUAAUUGCAGCUAUUCCAAAACGAAGUUUCUCAGCCUGCAAUUUGUCCCCGAGGGAAGGCUUGAUGUUCCUGGUGUAGGUACGUAGAUGCGUCACCAAUUAACAGUUCAUCACCAUGCAAUUCUGUUGAUUCUGUGGCUUAAUCACUACUUCUAGCAUUUCAGAGUCGAUUUCAAAUGAUCAGUUUUACUGCGCUUGUAAUCAUUAAGCAUCCUAGGAAAGUAGCACGCUUUACCUUGAUCGCUUUUUACAUGUCAGAGUUUCGUUGCCUGUGGUAAAAAGACGGGGAAUUCAGUACUUGAAUAUGACUCGACAGACAGUUACUUCCAUAUUAUCUGCUAGAAAUUUAAUUAUCUCUGGGUAAACUAAUGCAAAUGACUUAUCUGUUUGACAAUAAAAUAUCAUUUCAGAGGGAUUCGGUGACUUCAACUUUACAUUCGAUGUCUACACAAGCUCUUCCUAUUCAACACCCCACUCCGCUUACCCCGUCGAGGUGACACUCAAUGAAUACAUCUACCUGGGGUACAAGGUGGAGUCCAGUGCUAACCUUGGGGUGAUGGCUCUUAACUGUUUGGCUACGAAAAGUUCAGUUUAUUAUUCUUCACCGCAAUAUCCCAUUAUACAAGAUGGGUAGGUGUCAUGUUAAGGAGUUACCUAAUUGUUUAAUUUUUAAACUUUUAGUCUUGCUAGCUCUUCGAACGUAAACGGCAUCAAUAAUCUAUCAUCCUUGUUCCUUCCUGGACCUCAAAUUCCUCUUUCGGUAGUUUGAUAAUGAUUGUUAAUUUCUUAGCAUAAUAUGAUCAAAAUAAGAUAAUUUCAUCAUUUUGCCAAAACAAUUUUGUUUUUGCAUCAAAAGGUGUGCAAUGGACACGACACUGAGUCACGACUACAACUCAAGCAGAAAUUGGCAAACAUUUGCACUGAGAGCAUUCAGGUUCUUCAAUGAUUAUGACUCGUUUUAUAUCCACUGCGAACUGUUAGCCUGUCUUGAGGAGUCUAUAUCAUCUAGGUAAGUUCAACUGCGGUUGAUUAUGCACAGGAAAAGUAGUUCAAAACCAAAGUCCAAAGUCAACCGGAAUAAGCUCCUUUCAUGUUGAGGAGUUUUUGGAACAAGAUGAUAAUAUUUUGCUUUUUUAAGACAAUUUAAGAUUUUUAUUAAAGAUGCUUGCGCAUUACCCCAGUUUUAAAUCUCAAUGAUAACAGUGCAAUGAAAUAAAUAUUCGUAAUUUGAUGACUUGAAGGUGCCAACAGGGAUGCGUACCGUCAGCUAAUAAGAAGAAACGAGGACUGGAAGAGGACACAGCCGGUCCAUACAUCAUCAAAAGAGGGCCAAUCAAAAUUGUCCGAGCGAAAAGCCAAAACGAAAAUGGAGGUGACUCACUUUCAUGUACCAAGUUAAAUAGAACUAAAAAAAAGUGUGUGUAUAUGGACAAGAGUAAAGGGAAACGUUCUCCACGUCACGAAGUAAAAGGCAGUCCUAAUACAAAGAUUUACGAACUUAAGGAGAUACUUAAAAAUUCGAUAAGUGCGAAAGUAUUGAGUUUGACAACAAAAUUAUUUUCCGAAGGAAGUUGUAAAAUAAAUCAUACCUAAGUGGUUAUGAAACACUAAUUAGAUUGCAGGGUUCUCAGAGGCUGAGAAAUUAAGGGUUAUAUUCUAUUUUAAUUGUACGAAUACACUUGGAAGUCUGUACUCCUCGCAAGACCAUCAGUGGUAAGCAUAAAAAAAGCAUAAAAGUCAUUCUUGUCAUAGACUGUGGACGUGAUAUCUUAACACACUAAGCAAAUUUGUUUACAACUCUAUUUUUUUUUUCGUUUUUAUAGACACAGGGAAACAAUCAGCAGCUGUAAUCGGAGGCGCAACUGCCGCUGGCGGAGUUGGUCUGGUUGGAGUCAUAGCUCUGGCUGCUGUUUUUGUCAAAUAUCGCAUUUUACGGCUCAUGACAAACAAAAACAAGGUCAGAGACAUGUACAAUGACACCACCCAAGACGAUGACAUAGUGGAGAGGGAUUCCGAGAGUCAAAACUCUUAGCUCAUACACUGCUACUCAAGUCAGAAGCCGAUAGAAUAUUUCUGACUAUACGUCAUUACCAAGUUUUGAUUUGUGACAACACUAAUCAAUUUACGCCAAAUUUUUAAUGUAAAGGAAGGUUUAGUACACAGAGUUCGUUUUGUUUUCUAAUCGGCGUCAUUUACGAAGAGAAAUGAGUGUUACCGUAUCAUUGACAUUUUAUCUCGGAAGUACAUGUUUAGCAUUUAUUCGAGACCAGAUUUUCUUGGCAACCAAUGUGUAUCCAUUAUCUUAAAGAACCUUUAUAAUAACUAAAAUUUAAUAUACUAAAAUAGGAGAAAAGAAGAAGAAGGAAACCCAAAGUUUGCAUGUACGAAACUAGCGUCGAAUUUACAGAAAGCUCGAGAAAUAAAAUAAAGAUUUGAAAAGGUUAUAAAAAAAAUAAUAAAUUCCAUGAGUCAAUUAGAACUAGCGGAAUUAUUAAUAGAACCAUGAAAUCACUGGGUUGAUAAAUAAUGCAAAGGUAGUUUUCAUGUUUUCUAUUUCUGUUUGCUACUCUGACUCUGCACUCGGCUUGAAAAUAAGUUUAGAUUGCAUGGGAGAGUGCAUGGUUGUCGAUAUUUAUGAAGACGCUUUCAACGCAAUAGUAGUCAAUUACCAUUUAGUAGGUUUCGUGAUAAAGUCUUGUUUCCAAGACAAUUAGAGAAAUAUCAGGUCACAAGUCAAGUUUGGAACGCUGUUCGGUGUUUAUAAAAAUACUCACUGAAUCAAUAACACAAAGGAAAUCAAUCAUCUUCAAGAAUGCUGCUUGUCAAGACGAAUCAGCUGUGUCCACUCCGAGACUCGAUGUGGGGUACUCUGAAUACAGUACUGAUCACUCUACAACUUAGCAGCACUGAUCGUGUAACCUCCACUUUCAAGCAUUAUUGAUUAUAUCAGUUUCAGCUUCCUCAAUCACAUCAAAAAGAUUACACUGCGAAAGUAGCUUCAAUGCAACUGAACUUGAAGCAUACUGAAAUACGAAAUACUUGACUAAAAAAGUGAAAUAAAUUUAGAUGAACUUUUGAAGAAUGUUGUGCAUUGUACGUUGGGUACAUGUGAUGUUUUCAAAAAAGAGUCUAAUUCUCCUAAAUUAACCAAGGAAAUGUGCAAAGUGGUAGGCACUACUCUUCAAUAUUGUAUCAAGUUUAAAUGUUGAUGUAUCAUAACGACUUGAUAUGAAGAUAUGAGGAUGAACAGUCAAAAUGCAAACAACGCAGAUUGAGGUCACUUUGCAUGGCAAGGUCGAAAUUUAUUAAAUAAAAAAUCACUCAAGUUGCAUUUCUCAUUACAACUGCCUGACUAGGCGAGUUUAUCUUAAGUCUUUUCCUUUUCAAAAGAGGGGUAUUAAAAACAGCUCAUUAGAAUCGUGCUAAGUAGAACGAUAAAAUAAUUUUAAGGUAUGUAGUGUCUGAUGGGUUAGAUUUUCACCUAGUGAUUUCAUUAGUUUUCUCGAUCGAGCUCUG